GGGGCAUUUCUUUUACACAUUUUUAUAAUCUAACAAACUUUUUUUUUUAAACGAAAAGGUUCUGCAGAUGUUUUAUUCAGGCAAAACAUUUUCUUCUUUAGCAUUGUGAAGCAUCUUUCUUUUUAAGAGUGAUGCAACAUGCAACAGUAGCUUCUUGAUUUCUGUUUUUUGCCAUUUCAUGCUGAUUGGGCUCAUGUGAAAUCUCACUGAUAUUGCUUCACAUGCUGUAUAUUAAACAACAACAACAAAAAACAUAGUUAACACUGGUUACUGUAGUAAAACCAUGGUUACCACAAAACCAUGGUAAUCAAAUACAAUAGUUAAGCAUGGUUAUGGUUACUAUAGUCCCUGCUGAAAAAACAAUAAAACUGUAAAUGACCACUAAUUCCCCCAUCAAUGAAGUGAGCUGACAUCUUUACCUCCAGCUGUAGAGGGCGAUGUUGUCAAGGAACUGUACAAAAAGGCUUUCACCAAAAAGGACCUUAUUGCUAAACUUUGAGCAAAAUGCUGCUAAAGAGCUAUUUAUUUAUUUUUGCUUUAGUUAAAUAUUGAUUUUGUUGAAUGCUUAAAGUGUACUUUUUUGUGAUUGGUUUUGUUUUAGUGCUUAUGUUUUUACCACAUACUUUUAUUUUGAAAUAUGAGAGGAAGUGCGGAGGCGCUGUGUGUGUAUUUUCGCGCACUUUCUAAGGGAAGCGUCAGUCUGAUUAACGCUACCGGAGACGUAAGGUGAUCGUUUUGUACAUGCUGUUAAAAAAGGUUUAUUUCUCCAACUAAGCUCCUGGCUGACAAAGGGCACAAGCUCUUACGGUGUUUGUCCUAGAAAUUAAAUCUUUCAUAAACAUCAGUUGAGAGUCAGUUGUCAUCUGUUCAGCCGGGGAUGCUACAGUAAGAGCUUUACCCAGAAGAGCAACAGCUUCACGCCAUCAGUUCUACCACACAUCUGAAAGCUGUCUAAUGACAACCAAAGGAAUUGAUUUGUCUGUGGCACUCCUUUAAAGAAAAUGGAUGCAUCUGAAACUAAAGACCCAGAACAGCAAGUGGAGGCCGCUCCUGAUGGAACAGAAGAGGAGGAGCUUCGCCGUUCUGGUCGACAACGGAACCCUACGGAGAAGAUGCGUGCAUAUAUAAAGGAGGAAGCCCUGAAAAAGGAGAAAAAAUUGCUUCAGCUGUACGAACAAUGGAAAGAGUUGGCUCGCGACACAAGGAAGGAGUUAAAAACAGACGUCAGUGAGAGCCAACUGGUAGCACUUAUUAAUAUACUUGAGAAGGGAAGGGAUGAUGUCAUGCAAGUUUACCUGGAAAUCCGAGAUCACAUUGCUCCAUCCAGUGACACUAGACGCAGAAUUGAUACUUGUGAAGCUGUGACAAAAGAUAUUUCAAAGAUCAUUUUUGACAGAAUGGCAUGCCUUGAGGACUUUGAACAAGAAAAUGUAAAACACAGCCUUCGUGAGUUACUCCAUCAUGAUCAUGCUCGCUCUGUCUACGGAUCCACAGUCUCAUGCCCCACAUCAUCAAGGUCUACGGUUAUGUCAAUUGCAGCGAAGCGGGCAGAUGCAGCAGCUGAAUUAGCAGCCAAAGAAGCAGAAUACUCAAUAAUUCAAGAGAUCGAAGCACGGAAGUGUGAACUGGAAAAACUAAAAGUAGAGAAGGAUCUAAAAGCGGCUAGAGCCAGACUGCAAGCAUAUGAUCAAGAAAUGUCACAGGAAGUCAGCAUUCAUUCUUCAAACUCAAAUGCAGGAGAACACCAGGAUGUAAGCUUAAUGGCGCAGCGGCAGGUGGUUCCAUUUCCCGUUCAAUGUCCUACCAACAUUACAACAUCAGGUCCUACUGACAUCACCGCUAAAUCCUCACCUCCAAAAUCUGACAUAGCUUAUCUCGCUCAAGCUGUACAAGAUAGCAUAGCCCUAAACAGGCUGCCUACAACAGAACCAUCCAUAUUCACUGGUGAUCCUAUCCAAUUCAUUGAGUGGAAGGCUGCAUUUGUGUCGCUCAUUCAUGGAAAGGCCAUAUCUUCUGCUGACAAGCUGCACUAUUUAAAAAGGUAUGUUGGUGGGCCAGCCCGCAAAUCUCUUGAUGGCAUCUUCUACAGGAAUGAUGAUGAGGCUUAUAAUGACGCAUGGAACAAGCUGAAUCAACGGUAUGGACAGCCAUUUGUCAUACAGAAGGCAUUCAGGGAAAAACUAUCCAAAUGGCCUAAGAUUCAGUCUAAGGAUGCUGAAGGGUUCAGAGAAUUCUCAGACUUCUUGAACGCAUGUCAUCAAGCUAUGCCUCACGUCAAAGGGCUCGAAAUACUGAAUGACUGUGAUGAAAACCAAAAACUCGUACACAAAUUACCAGAUUGGGCAGCAGCACGGUGGAACCGUCAGGUCACGCAGACACUGAUUGAGACUCAUGACUUUCCAAAGUUUAUAGAUUUUGUCACCUUCAUGUCAAUGGAAGCAGAGAUUACAUGUAAUCCAGUCACCUCCUUCAGCGCUCUUCGUGCCUCUGACCACAUUUCAGAAAAAUGGAAUCAUAAGGACAGUAAAAGGAACAAGGCUAACGUCUUUCACAUUCGAACAGCUACAGAAGAUAAACAGAAUGAUGAAAAUGAACAAAGCCCUGCUAAAGGAAAUUAUAUCACGUGUCUCUUCUGCAAAGACAGAAAGCAUAAGAUUCACAGCUGUUCUAAAUUUUUGGCAAAAUCCCUGGAAGAGAAACGGAAAUAUGUGAAGGAGAACAAACUCUGCUACGGAUGCAUGAAACCGGGCCACGCUGCAAAAGACUGCCGUCACCGUUUGUCCUGUGACAGCUGCAAAGGUAGACAUCCAACAUGUCUACAUGAUGAAAACUACACAAAGAAAUUCAUCCCUGCACCAGUCUCAAACCAAGGUGACACAGAGACAACUACUGCUACAUCUCACAAAGUAGAGAAUCAUGAAACUUCCACCAAUACUUCAAUGAUCGUGCCAGUGUGGGUAUCAACUGAGAGGAAUCCAGGCUCUGAAAAACUUGUUUAUGCUCUGCUUGACACCCAGAGUGAUACUGUGUUUAUCGAACGAGAAUUGAGCAACAAGCUACAUGCUGACUCCUGUCCUGUGAGACUGAAAUUAACAACUAUGACUGCAAAGGAUGUUAUCAUGCCGAGUGAAAGAGUGUCGGGACUCAAAGUAAGAGGCUACAAUUCCUCUGUUGUUCUCAGUCUGCCUCCUGCCUACACUAAGGACUCUAUUCCAGUGAGCCGUACUCACAUCCCUACUUGUGACACAGCACGACAUUGGAAGCAUCUCUCUACAAUAGUGGACAAAAUUCCACCUCUGCAAGAUUGUGAGGUUGGCCUUCUCAUAGGCUACAGCUGUCCAAGGGCUUUGGCACCAAAAGAGGUAAUUUUGGGAGGAGACGAUGAACCCUAUGCAAUUCAUACAGACCUAGGAUGGAGCGUUGUUGGUCGUCUGUCAUCAGACCAUGAAUUGCAAAGUUGCAAUACCAUUUGUCAUCGAGUCAGCAUUAAAGAGCUCCCCCCAGUGACUCCAGCAGAUGUUAUUAAAGUAUUGGAGUCUGACUUCAAAGAUGAUGGUGAAGACAAUAAAACAGUUUCACAGGAUGACAUCCUCUUCUUGACCAAACUGCAGCAAGGCAUCAGGAAGAAUGACUACGGACAUUACGAGAUGCCUCUCCCUUUCAGAGCAAGACCUCAUUUGCCUAACAAUAAACAGCUUGCCAUUCUAAGGCUCGAUCAUCUCAAAAGGAAACUGUUGAAAGAUGAAAGGUACAAGGAACACUACGUAAGGUUUAUGGAAGAGGUAAUUGAAAAGGGUGAUGCAGAAGAAGUAUAUAGGGAAGGAAAGGAUGGAGAGAACUGGUACAUCCCUCAUCACGGGGUGUACCAUCCCAAAAAGCCAGACAAGCUCCGUGUUGUCUUCGACUGCUCCGCCAAGUACCAGGGUACCAGCCUUAACAACCAUUUACUCCAAGGUCCAGAUUUAAUGAAUAAUCUGACUGGUGUUCUUGUAAGGUUCAGACAACAUCCCGUCGCCCUUAUGUGCGAUGUGGAAAAGAUGUUUCACCAGUUUCAUGUGGAAGAAGCAGAUCGAAAUUACCUCUGUUUUCUCUGGUGGAAAAAUGGAAACUUGUCUUCACACCCACAAGAAUACCGCAUGAAGGUCCAUCUCUUCGGUGCUACUUCAUCACCUGGAUGCGCCAACUAUGGCCUAAAACAUCUCGCUAAGGAAUAUGAGUCCAUGUAUCCUCUUGGCUCAAAAUUCAUCACAACAGACUUCUAUGUAGAUGAUGGUGUCACCAGUGUAGCCAGUACAGAAGAAGCUGUUCAGGUAGCAAGAGAAGCUCGUCAACUGUGCGCCUUAGGUGGUCUUAGACUGCACAAAUUUAUUUCCAAUGACAGAGUUGUUCUGGAUAGCAUUCCAGUUUCUGAACGAGCUGUUGAAGUAAAGUCAUUUGACCUCAACUUUGACGACACACCCCUAGAGAGAGCUUUAGGGAUCCACUGGCACAUUGAUUCUGACAGAUUUAGAUUCUCUGUUAACCUCAAAGACCAGCCAGCAACACGCCGUGGCAUACUAUCCACAGUUGCAUCACUGUACGAUCCGCUGGGCUUUAUUGCUCCUUUCCUGCUCAAUGGAAAAUUAGUGCUUCAGGAAAUGUGCAGAAAUGGAACAGGCUGGGAUGAUCCCCUUCCUGAAGAAUUGCAGCCAAGGUGGGAGCUUUGGAAAGCUGAUCUUGUGAACUUGGAGCGGAUCGAUAUACCUCGCUGCUAUGCGCCUGCAAACUUUGGAAAGGUCAUCAAAAGAGAACUGCAUCACUUCUCUGAUGCCAGUAACAGCGGAUAUGGCCAGUGUUCCUAUUUAAGAUUAACAAGUGAAGAAGGAAACAUCCAUUGUGCCCUGGUCAUAGGGAAAUCCAGAGUUGCUCCCAUUAAGAUCCAGACUAUUCCCAGGCUCGAACUGACGGCUGCCGUCAUCUCAGUUGCCAUGAGCAAAAUGCUGAAACAGGAGCUGAAAUAUGCAGACAUAGAAGAACAUUUCUGGACCGAUUCUCAAGUAGUCUUGGGAUACAUAAACAACGAAGCACGGCGCUUUCACACGUUCGUGGCAAACAGAGUCCAGAAGAUCCAUCUCAGCACUAAUCCUCAACAGUGGAGAUAUGUUCCCACUACUGAAAACCCAGCUGACCAUGCGUCAAGAGGUUUGAACGCUGGUGAGAUUCUUACCUCGAACUGGUUGACAGGGCCAAGUUUCUUAUGGAAGAAAGACAUACCGCCUGUUGCAGAUAUUGACAUUGCACUAGCAAUUGGAGAUCCUGAAGUGAGACAAGUUCAGACACUGAGUACAGAAACAACAGAAAUCAGCCUCUCAGACCGCUUGUUAAAGCUGUCUUCAUGGUCUAGAGCUGUCCAAGCUGUAGCUCGCCUUGUUCGCCGAGCCAAAGGAGAUAAGUCCAACAGUCAUAGUACUGUAGCUGAACGAGAAAAUGCCAAAUGCAUCAUCAUUAAGGACUUACAAAGAAACACAUAUCCUAAGGAUAUCAAGUUGUUGAGCAAGGGAGCCCAGCUGUCACCUGGCAGCAAGUUAUAUCGUCUUGAUGCCUUCCUAGAUCAAGGAGGAGUACUCAAGGUGGGAGGAAGGCUUUGCGAUGCAACCCUACCCAACUCAGUCAAACACCCAGCAGUCAUACCUAAAGAUCACCACGUAACAAAGAUGAUUAUCUCUCAAUGUCAUGUGAAUGUCAAACACCAAGGAAAGGGCCUUACAGUUAAUGAGAUCAGAUCACAAGGCUACUGGAUUCCAGGUAUGAACAGAGCAGUAGCCUCCCAUGUGCAUCAUUGUGUAACAUGUCGGAAGCUCAGGAGACCCACAGAGGAACAAAGAAUGGCUGACCUCCCUUCAGAGCGUACAAAUCCAUCUCCACCAUUCACGUACUGUGGUAUGGACUGCUUUGGUCCUUUUAUCACCAAACAGAGUCGGAAAGAACAUAAAAGGUAUGGCCUUCUCUUCACAUGUUUCAGCUCCAGAGCUAUUCAUAUUGAAAUGCUUAAUGACAUGUCAACAGAUGCCUUUAUCAAUGGCCUGCGCUGUUUCAUUGCAUUACGGGGAGCAGUACGUGAAAUCAAAUGUGACCAAGGCACCAACUUUGUAGGAGCCAAGAAUGAGCUUAAGAAUGCUCUCAAGGAGAUUGACGAGGAUCGUCUGACAGUGUUCUUAGCUGAGAAACAGUGCGACUUUGUCCUAAAUGCGCCCCAUUCAAGCCAUGCAGGUGGAAUAUGGGAAAGACAAAUCAGAACAGUAAGAAAUGUUCUACGCUCAACUCUCUCACUUUCUUCUGACAGACUGGACGAUGCAUCACUCCGGACAUUCUUUUAUGAAGCAAUGGCAAUCGUAAACAGUAGACCACUCUCGGUCGACAACCUAAAUGACCCCAACAGCCUUGCACCUCUCACUCCUAAUAACCUGCUUACCAUGAAGUCUAUUCCAGCACUACCACCACCAGGCAGAUUCCUCAGAGAAGACAUCUAUGCAAGGAAAAGGUGGCGACAUGUCCAGUAUCUCGCCGAGCAGUUUUGGAGUCGUUGGCGUAAGGAGUAUUUAUCCAACAUUGCCACCAGACAGCGCUGGCACACAGCAAAGAGAAACCUACAAGUAGGAGAUAUUGUCAUGGAGAAGGCUGACAAUCUGCCCAGGAAUGAGUGGCGGCUGGCCAGAGUUACAGAGACUACUACAGAUAAAGACGGGCUUGUGAGAAGGGUUAAGAUAUGUCUUGGUGACCGGCAUCUGGAAAAGGAUGGUCGUCGCCUUAAUAAGCUGUCUGUCAUUGAAAGGCCAGUCCAGAAGCUGAUACUGUUGCUAGAGGCCGUCUAGCCGCUUCCAGAUACAACCACGUGUAUCCUUUUCAUUAUAUUGGGUUUUCAGUUAAAGGUUACUUUUUUACUUUAAGUCUUUAAAAAUCAUUGGUCAUUUAUAUUCCUUAAUUACAUAUAAAUCACUCAUGAUUUGGUGGGAGUGUAAAUGACCACUAAUUCCCCCAUCAAUGAAGUGAGCUGACAUCUUUACCUCCAGCUGUAGAGGGCGAUGUUGUCAAGGAACUGUACAAAAAGGCUUUCACCAAAAAGGACCUUAUUGCUAAACUUUGAGCAAAAUGCUGCUAAAGAGCUAUUUAUUUAUUUUUGCUUUAGUUAAAUAUUGAUUUUGUUGAAUGCUUAAAGUGUACUUUUUUGUGAUUGGUUUUGUUUUAGUGCUUAUGUUUUUACCACAUACUUUUAUUUUGAAAUAUGAGAGGAAGUGCGGAGGCGCUGUGUGUGUAUUUUCGCGCACUUUCUAAGGGAAGCGUCAGUCUGAUUAACGCUACCGGAGACGUAAGGUGAUCGUUUUGUACAUGCUGUUAAAAAAGGUUUAUUUCUCCAACUAAGCUCCUGGCUGACAAAGGGCACAAGGUACUGUUGUGAUUUUGUACUGUUUGGUGAACUUUGAGACUUUCAUAUGUUUAUUUUACUUUGCUUAAUCUUUUAAUUAAUCUCAUCUGAAGCUGUUCGUGAAUGUUAGACGGGUCAAUUGCGUAUAUUUGCUAAUGUUGCUGAUAUCGUCUUAUUUCUGUUUAUUGCAUCCUAAAUAGUUUAAUAUGAAACUGUCUUUAUUUGGUAAUAUAUGUUUUUCUCUAAAUUGAGUCAUUUGUACUAAAAGGCUGUUAACUCCAGUCCAGUGUUAAUUAAGCUAACAUUGCACUUUAAAAUUAGAUUCUUGUAAUCCAUUAAAUGGUUUAGUCUUUAAGGUAGCACUUUAAUUGAAGUUUAUCAAUCAUCUAAAACCUUUUAGUAGUCUUUAUUUGCACUAAAUAUUGUUACUGCCAAGUGUAAAUAAUUUAUAUUAUUAAGGAUUACAGUACGGUAAGGGAUUGAUACUAAAUGAGCCUGUAGACUAAAAUGUGAUUUAUUGUCAGACUAUAUAUGGUCUAAGACAGUGUAAAUGUGUAUUAUGUGUUUAUGGACAUUAAUGUUUAACUUGUGGGCAAAUGACUAAUUAAUUAUCUGUUUGUUUGUUUUUAUUCAGCUCUUACGGUGUUUGUCCUAGAAAUUAAAUCUUUCAUAAACAUCAGUUGAGAGUCAGUUGUCAUCUGUUCAGCCGGGGAUG